AUGGGCGUCAGUGACGCCACAAUCAAGCGGCGGCUUCGACGCUUGAAUCUUAGACGGCGCGAAUAUUGGCGGCAGAUAUCGGACGAGGAUUUGGAACCACUCAUCCGUGACCUGAAGGCAACAUUCGGGGUUCAUGACGGAGGCCAACUUUGCGGUGACCUGAGGAUGCGAGGUUACCGCGUGACGAGGCGACGGAUUUGGGAUGUACUUCGCCUCGCGGACCCAACAGGAGUCGAUGCCCGCACUAAAAAGAAGAUUGAGCGAGUGGAAUACUGGGUGGCUCAUCCUAAGUCACUGUGGCAUAUCGAUGGAUGGCACAAGCUGAUCAACUGGAGAUUUGUCGUUCAUGGUGGGAUCGAUGGG